AUUUAGUAAUUCAUCAUGGCAGAUACAACGAAGCCAGCCGAGCAGAAACCGGAGCCGAAAAAUGACAAGAAAACAGAGGAUGAAAAGGAGCAAGAUUUGUCUGAGGAGGACAAACAGCUUCAGGAAGAGCUGACAAUGCUUGUGGAGAGGCUCCAGGAGAAGGACACAUCCCUCUAUCGGCCAGCAUUAGAACAACUGAGACAAAUGAUUAGAGCAUCAACAAGUUCAAUGACCUCUGUUCCUAAGCCCCUGAAGUUCCUUAGGCCUCACUAUGACACGCUUAAGGAGAUCUAUGAAAAGAUGGCGGUUGGUGAUAACAAGUGUUUUUGUGCUGAUAUCAUAUCCGUUCUUGGCAUGACUUUGAGCGACAACAAGGACUGCCUGAACUUCCGCCUGCUUGGAUCCAAAGAAGACAUUGCAUCCUGGGGCCAUGAAUAUGCCAGGCAUCUUGCAGGAGAAAUAGGCCAGGUCUGGAACGAGACCGAUGCGGAGAAGGACCAGGCCCAGCGGGAGAAGCUCCUGACCCUCGCCAAGGAGAUCGUACCCUACCACAUGCAGCACAACGCCGAGGCUGAGGCUUGUGAUCUUCUCAUGGAGAUCGAACAGUUGGAUCUACUUCAGGACUAUGUAGACACCAAUGUGUUCCCCAGAGUCUGUCUUUAUCUCGUCAGCUGUGUGAACUAUGUGCCAGAACCGGAAGACUCGAUCCUGCUGAGAACGGCACUGGAUAUCUUCAGAAAGUUCAAUAGCUACCCUGAAGCCAUGAGGCUAGCAAUCCGGCUGAAUGAUGUUGAACUUAUUGAGAAGAUUUUCACAUCGUGUCAAGAUAAGUUGGUCCAGAAGCAGCUAGCCUACAUGCUAGGAUCCCAGCAGCUCUUUUUAGAACUACCAGAGGAGACCGAAGAUUACGAUGAUCUCGUUGAGAUUAUGUCCAAUACUCAACUCAAUACACACUUCCUUGCUCUGGCUCGUGAGCUUGACAUCAUGGAGCCCAAAGUCCCGGAAGAUAUCUACAAGAGCCACUUGGAAUCAACCAGGCCGUCCUUUGCUCCGAGUGGGUCACAGGUAGACUCUGCUAGACAGAACCUUGCUGCUUCUUUUGUCAACGGUUUCCUGAACGCAGGAUUUGGACAGGACAAGUUGCUCACAGAUGAUGGCAACAAGUGGAUAUAUAAGAACAAAGAACAUGGUAUGAUGAGUACAACGGCAUCACUAGGGAUGGUUCUAUUAUGGGAUGUAGAUGGUGGUCUCACACAGAUAGAUAAAUACCUAUAUUCAUCAGAAGAUUAUAUAAAAUCUGGGGCUCUUUUAGCAUGUGGCAUUGUAAAUUCCGGCGUGAGAAAUGAGUGUGAUCCAGCUCUAGCCCUUUUAUCUGAUUACGUUCUUCACAACAACAAUGUCAUGAGGAUAGGUGCUAUAUUUGGUCUUGGUCUUGCCUAUGCUGGAUCUAAUAGAGAAGAUGUGAUUAGUCUUCUUCUUCCAGCCUUAGCCGAUACCAAGUCGAAUAUGGAGGUCGUAGGAGUGACUGCUCUAUCGCUGGGUCUAAUCUCUGUCGGGACCUGUAACGGUGAGGUAACCAGUACCAUCCUACAAACCCUGAUGGAGAAGACGAAACUAGAACUCAAGGAUAACUUUGCCAGGUACCUGGCCCUUGGUCUAGCCCUUACAUACCUUGGUAAACAAGAAGCAGUAGAGGCUACCCUGGCAGCAUUAGAUGUCCUCCCAGACCCUUACAAGGAGUUUGCUAAGAUUCUUGUCGAUGUUGUAGCGUACGCAGGCACGGGUAAUGUACUCAAGGUCCAGCAUCUACUUCACAUCUGCAGUGAACACAUCGAAGAUGAGGAGGGAGAGGAAAAGGAGAAGAAAGAUGACAAGAAGAAGGACGAGAAGAAAUCGGACGAUGGCCCAGUGGAUCACACGUCCCAUCAAGCCGUUGCAGUGCUAGGCAUUGCUCUGAUAGCCAUGGGGGAGGAGAUUGGUUCUGAGAUGGCAUUGAGGGCAUUUGGACAUUUAUUACGGUACGGUGAGCCCGUCAUCAGGCGAUCUGUCCCGCUCGGUCUUGCGAUGCUCUCCGUGUCCAACCCUCAGUUACAGAUCCUUGAUACGCUCAGCAAAUUCUCCCACGACCCCGACAACGAGGUCGCUCACAAUGCAAUCUACGCUAUGGGUGUCGUCGGAGCAGGAACCAACAAUGCCCGUCUGGCUGCCAUGCUUCGUCAGCUGGCCCAGUACCACGCCAAGGACCCCUCCAACCUCUUCAUGGUCCGUCUAGCUCAGGGUCUAACCCACUUGGCUAAGGGCACCCUGACCCUCUCCCCCUACCACAGCGAUAGGCAGCUGCUCAAUCAAGUGGCCCUGGGAGGUGUACUCGCCACCACGCUAGCAUUCCUAGAUGUCAAAAACACAAUUUUGAGCAAGUCUCACUACCUUAUUUAUGGCCUUGUCACUGCCAUGCGACCGAGAAUGCUUGUAACAUUUGAUGAAGAACUCAGACCUCUUCCUGUGCAAGUCAGAGUAGGACAGGCUGUUGAUGUAGUCGGCCAGGCAGGUAAGCCUAAAACCAUCACAGGAUUCCAGACACAUACCACACCAGUUCUGCUAGCCUACGGGGAGAGAGCAGAGCUGGCUACGGAAGAAUAUCUUCCAAGCACACCUAUCAUGGAAGGAUUCGUCAUCUUGAAGAAGAACCCAGAUUUUGAGCAAUGAUUCCAGGAUUUUUUUCUCAACCAGUUUCCUUUCCUCUUCAUCCGUGAGGGGAGUGGCUCUUCUUUGAAACAACCAACUACUCCAUUCUAAAGACUGCUUAUUUGUUUGAUUUACGCCAAUCAUAACUAACUUCAUCCACUCACACUCUGAGAACAUGGAACUUCUUUUGAUAACCGGCUACCCUAUUCUUGUGUGAUAUUUAUUAAUUGCAACCAAGUUCUUUGACCUAAAUAUCGAGAGCGUGGCCCUUGUCUGAGACAACCAGCCACCCUAUUCUAAAGCGAGUGUAUUAGUACAAACUACAAUAUUUGUCAUAUGCAACCAACAUCAUGGACCUAUUAUAAUAUUCAGAGGAUAUCCCUUCUUUAACAAGUUACCCUCUUCUAAUUACGACUGUGUUGUUGAGACAGGUCCAACAUUGACAUCAUGUUGGCAUGAAUGGCAUCAUAUAUGUAUGUCGGACAGUAAAAUCUGAAUAAGUCAGAUUUCUUGGGGCCAUAGAAAUCUGUUUGAUCUCGGCAAAUAUUGAUUGUUAAGAUGUAGAAUACGAUGUUUUACACAUUCGGGUGGGGGGGAGGAUAGACAUUUCAUAAAGCAGUUAAGAGCAACUUUAAGAACAAAUAAAUAAUCACCGAUGAAUAUUCAAGGUGAAUAUCAUUUACCACAAGAAAGGGUCACCGGUCGUUUUUUGAUUCGCUCUUAAAUUACAAACAGCUUUAUGAAACACCCACCUGGUCAGAAAAACAGUUGGUCGAUAUUUGGCUAAUGGAAGGUCAACUUGUACAAGCGUGUGUACUUGAAUAUACUGUAGGUUCAACCAGCGAAUUAAAGUGUUCACAGUUCCUUGGUUAAACCAAGAGCAUAAAGAGACACCUUUUCUAUAACUGUGCCAAUAUGACAACUACCAUUCUAGUAUGGUUCAACUGCCAAUCACAUGCAAGGUUUCCACAACAGUUGUCAUAAUUGCAAAGCUACAAUAAUUGUUCGUAAUUUAUGAGUAGGUUUAUGAGAGACUGGUGAUCCUCUCUUGGAGUAAAUAACAUUUUCAUUGUUAUUUCUUAGUUCUUAAGAAAGGAUCACUGGUCAAUCGUAAAGUCGCUUGUAACUUACAAACACCUUUAUGAAACAUCCAACUGAUCACAGAUAAUUUGCUGAUCAGCAUUAGUUUUGAAUAGAAAUCAAAUAUGAUAAAACACAUUAAUUCUUGGUUGUUUAUUUUAAUUAUCUUGAACCAGUGCAUUGGGUACCAUUAACUGUGCUGGUGCUUCUACAACACGCAUAUUGACCCUCUUGUUCCGAAACAAGAGUCUGGUAUGGACAAUUAGCUCGAGAACACUUGCAUGCAAACUCGCUUCAUCAGGAGCCUUUGACACUGGAACUGAUAUUUGUGUUCGAGUCAAAAUUCAUUAGGAUUUCCUCAACAAAAAUAUACACCCAUUUUACACAUUGACAUAAUGUGCAGUAUGCUAGAUGAAACUUGUGACCUUAUUUAUUUUGAUACUUUCUUGAAAGUCUUCAAACUUUUAGAAGUGUAUCGCAUUGAUAAUUCUAAAUAUUUCAAACGGAGCCUAAUAAUUUUUGAGAUGAAGUGAUACAAAAAUAAAUCAAAAUAUACAAUUGAUGUAAUCAUUUUAUACAUGGCUUGUCAUAGACUUCCUAUGAAACUUGAAUGUUAUGUUAUACAGGCCGUGGAUGUAAACAAAAAGGUAGGUUGUUUGUGUAUGGUCCACUUGCAAAGGAGGCCAAUAUAAUUAUUUUGUAAGAUAUCAACUUGAUGAUAGUAAUGAUGUACAUGUAUUUGUAUUGUCGCAUUCUGAAUAGACUGUUUAGGCAUGAAUAUUCAAACAGAUUAAAAUUGUUUUGUGUAAAGCACGAAAUUAG